AUGCGUCAAUUUCCUUCAAGAUAUCAUCAUUACUAUUUUUUAAUUAGUCCGGGAUGUUCUCACUACUCACUCUACAGCCACACCUUCACCACUUUAACCUCACUCUAUAACCACACCUUCACCGCUUUAACCUCACUCUACAGCCACACCUUCACCACUUUAACCUCACUCUACAGCCACACCUUCACCGCUUUAACCUCACUCUAUAACCACACCUUCACUGCUUUAACCUCACUCUAUAACCACACCUUCACCGCUUUAACCUCACUCUAUAACCACACCUUCACGGCUUUAACCUCACUCUAUAACCACACCUUCACUGCUUUAACCUCACUCUAUAACCACACCUUCACUGCUUUAACCUCACUCUAUAACCACACCUUCACCGCUUUAACCUCUCUCUAUAACCACACCUUCACCGCUUUAACCUCACUCUAUAACCACACCUUCACCACUUUAACCUCACUCUAUAACCACACCUUCAAAGCUUUAACCUCACUCUAUAACCACACCUUCACCGCUUUAACCUCACUCUAUAACCACACCUUCACCGCUUUAACCUCACUCUAUAACCACACCUUCACUGCUUUAACCUCACUCUACAGCCACACCUUCACCGCUUUAACCUCACUCUAUAACCACACCUUCACUGCUUUAACCUCACUCUACAGCCACACCUUCACCGCUUUAACCUCACUCUAUAGCCACACCUUCACUGCUUUAACCUCACUCUAUAACCACACCUUCACCUUUAACUCACUUAACCUCACUCUAUAG